AUGGCGGACCAAAAUAUCUCGCAGUAUAAAUACUCGGCGAUGUCCAACCUGGUUCUCCAGGCGGACCGUCGUUUCAUCAGUCGCGUCAAUGACGAGCCCACCGGUGACCCGGAGUCUCUCGCGGGCCGCAUUGGGAUUCGGGAGAUGGGCGGCCGAGUCGCGCGUGACGAUGCGCCGAAGUCGAAGAAAAAGGCGGCUGGUCCGGCGGACCUCGAGCGAGGUGCGAUUCGCGAGGGCGAAGACGUGCUUCUGCGGGAACAGAGGAAGCGCCAGCGCGGCCAGCCAGCACAACAACGAGGCCAGGGUAUCCUUUCAGCAGCCGAUGCCCUGGUCGAGGGCCUGAAAUACCGCCCACGAACACCGGCCACACGAGCCACUUACGACCUUAUCCUUACGAUUACCGGAACCAACCUCGGCGACGUUCCCCACGAAGUAGUUCGCAGUGCGGCCGAUGCCGUGUUGGAGUUGCUGAAGGACGAGGAUAUGAAGGACUUUGAUAAGAAGAAGGAGAUUGAUGAUCUUCUGGGCAGUUCAAUGAAUCCGAAGGAGUUCAACGAGCUCGUCAACCUGGGCAAGAAAAUUACCGACUACGACGCCCAAGAUGAAGACGAGGAUAUGGAUGGUGGCAUGGAAGAAGGCGACGGCGAACUCGACGAACGCCAGGGUGUAGCUGUUGUUUUCGACGAGGAAGACGAGGACGAUGAGCGCAUGGGGACCCUGGACGAAGUUCGAGACGAGGAUUCUGACGAAGAAGAGCUCGACGAGCAAGAUCAACCUGACAUCUACGAAGGCGCUGCCGAAGAACCGGAAGAUGGCGCUGAUGUAGUCAUUCAUGGUGGUUUGGAGCGGAGCGACAAGGUCAAAGAUAAAUCUGGUCUAGGCGUAUCGGCUCGCGAGAUCGACGCAUACUGGCUUCAACGUCAAAUCGGUGCCUUUUACACCGACGCCCACAUUCAACAAGAAAAGACCCAGCAGGCCCUUGACAUCCUUGGUGGUCAAGCCGAGGACGGCUCAGAGAAGCCCCUGCGCGAUGUUGAAAACGACCUGAUGGAGCUCUUCGACUACGACCACCCCGAUCUCGUUGCCAAAUUGGUUUCUAACCGUACCAAGGUUGUCUGGGUCACUCGCUGGAGACAAGUUGCUGAAGAUGCGGAUGCGCGACACCUCAUUGAAAGCCAGAUGGUUGAGGCUGGACACCGUGCCGUUCUGGAUGAAAUUCGCGGCAAGGCCGCCGCCGAGAGCCUUACCCAACGAUCUGAGAAGAUAAAACUGGACUUGAUGGAUGUCGAUGUUCCUUCGGCACCGGAAGCAGAGGAGCGGAAGCAAGCUGGUGAAAAUGGCCUGGUCGGUGGUCUGCAGCCCCAGCGACUGAUCAAUCUUGAGAACCUGGUCUUCCACCAGGGCAACCACCUUAUGACCAACCCCAAUGUUAAGCUGCCCCAAGGCUCAACUAAGCGAACUUUCAAGGGCUACGAGGAGAUCCACGUCCCCCCUCCCCAAGCCAAGAAGGCUCCUGGCGAGAGGAACAUUCCGACUACCGAAUUGCCCGAUUGGGCGCGCGUGGGCUUCGGAAGCGCCAAAGAGCUGAACCGGGUUCAGACCAAGUGUUAUCCUACAGCCUUCCACGAUGAUGGUAACUUGCUCGUCUGUGCCCCUACUGGCUCUGGAAAGACCAACGUUGCCAUGCUCACCAUUCUCCGUGAAAUCGGUAAGAACCGGAACCCGGAGACGGGGGAGAUUAUGCUGGAUGACUUCAAAAUCAUUUAUAUUUCUCCGUUGAAGGCCCUUGUUCAAGAGCAGGUUGGCAAUCUCGGAAAGCGUCUCGAGCCAUACGGUAUUCGCGUGUCGGAGCUUACUGGUGAUCGUCAGCUCACCAAGCAGCAAAUAGCUGACACUCAAAUCAUUGUGACCACCCCCGAAAAGUUCGAUGUUAUCACCAGAAAGGCAUCAGAAACCAGUUACACCAACCUUGUCCGCCUGAUCGUUAUUGACGAGAUUCAUCUGCUUCACGAUGACCGUGGCCCCGUCCUUGAAAGCAUUGUCAGUCGUACUAUUCGCCGGGUUGAGCAGACUGGCGACCCUGUUCGUAUCGUUGGUCUGAGUGCUACUCUUCCCAACUAUCGCGAUGUUGCAAGCUUCCUUCGGGCUGAUCCCGAGACGGGCGUGUUCCACUUUGACGGCUCGUAUCGUCCUUGCCCUCUAAAGCAGGAGUUCAUUGGUGUUACCGAUAAGAAGGCUAUCAAGCAGCUGAAGACCAUGAACGACAUUUGCUACACUAAGGUUAUGGAGCAGGUGGGCCAGAAGCGAAACCAGAUGCUUAUCUUCGUCCACUCCCGCAAGGAAACGGCGAAAACGGCCAAGUACAUCAGGGACAAGGCCAUCGAAAUGGAGACUAUUGGGCAAAUUUUGCGCAGCGAUGCUGCCAGCCGUGCUAUCCUCUCUGAGGAGGCUGAAUCUGUUGAUGAUGCUUCUUUGAAGGACCUUCUGCCCUACGGCCUAGGUAUUCACCACGCUGGUCUGAGUCUCGCGGAUCGCGAUUCCGUCCAGGCCUUAUUCGCCGACGGCAGUAUCCAAGUUCUCGUGUGUACCGCAACCCUGGCCUGGGGUCUACUCCCCGAGAAGGGUAGCUGGGUCGAGCUCAGCCCCCAGGAUGUUCUUCAGAUGCUUGGACGUGCUGGUCGGCCGCAGUACGACACUUUUGGUGAGGGUAUCAUUAUCACGUCUCAGUCUGAGAUUCAAUACUACCUUUCGCUCAUGAAUCAGCAACUGCCAAUUGAGUCCCAGCUAAUGAGCAAGCUUGCCGACAACCUGAAUGCAGAAGUUGUACUUGGUAAUGUUCGCACCCGUGAUGAAGGUGUCCAAUGGCUUGGUUAUACCUACCUCUAUGUCCGGAUGCUUCGUUCACCGGGUUUGUACAGCGUUGGCGCGGACUAUGAGAAUGAUGAUGCCUUGGAACAGAAGCGUGUCGAUUUGAUUCACUCUGCCGCCACCGUCCUUGAGAGGGCUGGGCUGGUCAAGUAUGAGAAGAAGACUGGCCGGCUGCAGUCGACUGAGCUUGGUCGCAUAUCCUCCCAUUACUACAUCGGCCACAACUCUAUGCUCACAUACGCCCAGCACCUCCAGCCUUCAAUCACCACCAUUGAGCUCUUCCGCAUCUUCGCUCUCAGUGAUGAAUUCAAGUACAUCCCGGUUCGCCAGGAUGAGAAGCUCGAGCUUGGCAAGCUUCUGGGCCGUGUGCCGGUUCCCGUCAAGGAGACUAUUGAUGAGCCUCACGCGAAGAUCAACGUCCUCCUUCAGGCCUAUAUCUCCCGUCUGAAGCUGGAAGGCCUUGCGCUCAUGGCCGACAUGGUUUACGUAACCCAGUCUGCUGGUCGUAUUAUUCGUGCCAUUUUCGAGAUCUGCUUGAAGAAAGGGUGGUCCUCAGUGGCCAAGACUGCUCUCGACCUCUGCAAGAUGGCUGAGAAGCGUAUGUGGCCGACCAUGUCUCCCUUGCGUCAAUUCCCCGGCUGCCCUCGGGAUAUCCUGCAGAAGGCCGAGCGAAUUGAUGUCCCAUGGUCCAGCUACUUCGAUCUUGAUCCUCCUCGUAUGGGUGAGCUCCUCGGCAUGCCCAAGGCUGGUCGUGUUGUGUGUGAUCUGGUGUCCAAGUUCCCUCGCCUUGAUGUUCAAGCUCAGGUGCAGCCAAUCACUCGAUCCAUGCUCCGUGUUGAAUUAACCAUCACCCCCAACUUUGUUUGGGACGAUGCUGUGCAUGGUACCGCGCAAGAUUUCUGGAUCCUGGUGGAAGACUGUGAUGGUGAGGAGAUCCUGUUCCACGACCGCUUCCUGCUGCGUCGUGACUUUGCCAUUUCCGAGAUGAACGAGCACAUGGUUGAGUUCACUGUCCCGAUUACCGAGCCCAUGCCUCCCAACUACUUCAUCUCCCUGGUGUCUGACCGCUGGAUGCAUUCCGAGACCAAGAUCGCCGUGUCGUUCCAGAAGUUGAUCCUUCCGGAGCGCUUCCCUCCCCACACCCCUCUGCUUGACAUGCAGCGAGCGCCUGUCAAGGCCUUGAAGCGUGAGGAGUACCAGAAGCUGUAUCCUGACUGGGAGCAUUUCAACAAGAUUCAGACUCAGGUGUUUAAGUCAGUCUUUGACUCGGAUGACAAUGUUUUCAUUGGUGCCCCGACGGGAAGCGGUAAAACCGUCUGUGCUGAGCUGGCCCUGCUCCGCCACUGGUCGACUGAGAACAGUGGCCGUGCCGUUUACAUUGCUCCUUUCCAGGAGCUGGUUGAUCAGCGCCUUGCCGACUGGGAGAAGCGACUGGGCAGCAUUGCUGGUGGCAAGACCAUUGUCAAGCUCACCGGUGAGACAACAGCCGAUCUGAAGCUUCUGGAACAGGCUGAUCUUGUCCUCGCCACUCCUGUCCAAUGGGAUGUGUUGUCCCGGCAGUGGCAGAGACGCAAGAACAUUCAGACAGUCCAGUUGUUUAUCGCUGAUGAACUUCACAUGCUUGGCGGCUUGGGUGGAUACGUGUACGAGGUGAUUGUGUCUCGUAUGCAUUACAUUGCUCUGCAGACCGAGAACGAGAUGCGCAUUCUUGGCCUGAGCGUGCCGCUUUCCAAUGCACGCGACAUUGGCGAGUGGAUUGGCGCUAACAAGCACACCAUCUACAACUUCAGCCCGCACGCUCGCCCCGUGCCCUUGGAGCUCCACAUCCAGUCGUAUACCAUUCCUCAUUUCCCUUCUCUCAUGCUCGCCAUGUCCAGGCCUGCCUACCAAUCGAUCCUUCAAUUGUCCCCGGACAAGCCUGCCUUGAUCUUUGUGCCUAGCCGCAAACAGACUCGGUCCACGGCAAUGGAUCUUCUGGCUGCUUGUGCCAUCGAUGACGAUGAAGAUCGCUUCUUGAACGCCGACGUUGAAGAACUGGCUCCUCUGCUUUCUCGUAUCCAGGAGCAGACACUGGCCACAUCUCUGAGCCAUGGUAUCGGCUACUAUCACGAGGCUUUGAGCCAGACCGACAAGCGUAUCGUCUCGCACCUCUUCAGCAUCGGUGCUAUUCAAGUACUCCUUGCCUCACGUGAUGUCUGCUGGGAGCUGGAUCUGACUGCCCACCUGGUCAUUGUUAUGAACACUCAGUUCUUCGAUGGCCGUGAGCACCGUUACGUUGAUUACCCUAUCAGCGAGAUCCUGCAGAUGUUUGGCAAGGCUUCUCGUGCAGGUCUGGACAAGAGCGGUCGUGGUGUUCUGAUGGUGCCCGCUGUUAAACGCGAGUACUACAAGAAGUUCCUCAAUGAGGCAUUGCCCGUUGAGAGUCACCUUCAGGUCUACCUACACGACGCCUUUGUGACCGAGGCCAGCACGCGGACCAUCAGCUCGACCCAGGAUGCCGUUGACUGGAUGACUUACACCUACUUCUACCGUCGUCUCCUCGCAAACCCCAGCUUCUACGGUCUUAGCGACGUGAGCCACGAAGGGCUCAGCACCUUCUUGUCCGAGCUGGUCGAGACCACCUUGAAGGAGCUGUCGGAUGCCAAGAUCAUUGACUUGGAUGAGGAGGAUGAUACCGUCUCUCCACUGAAUGCUGCGAUGAUCAGUGCCUACUACAACAUCUCCUUUAUCACCAUGCAGACUUUCUUACUGUCUCUCUCCGCUCGUACAAAGCUCAAGGGCAUUCUUGAGAUUGUCACUUCGGCCACCGAAUUCGAGUCCAUCCAGAUGCGCCGUCACGAGGACCACAUCCUCCGCCGAGUCUACGAUCGAGUGCCAGUCAAGAUGUCAGAACCGGCCUUCGAUUCUCCCCAUUUCAAGGCGUUCGUCCUCCUUCAGGCCCACUUCUCGCGCAUGCAGCUUCCCAUUGAUCUUGCCAAGGACCAGGAAGAUAUCAUCCGCAAGGUUCUCAACUUGCUUAGCGCCUGUGUGGACGUCCUCUCCUCGGAGGGUCACAUUAACGCUAUGAACGCCAUGGAGCUGUCCCAGAUGGUUGUUCAGGCCAUGUGGGAUCGCGAUAGUCCUCUUAAGCAGAUUCCUCACUUCUCACCGGAGGUCAUCCAGGUCGCCAAGGAGUACCAGUAUGUAUCGAGAACGCUUUAUGCACAGCGGGCAUUUACUAAUCUGAAUUCGUGCAGGAUCAAUGACAUUUUCGAGUUCAUGGAGGCCAUGGACCCCUCUGAGAACAAGGACUACGCCACCCUGGUCAAGCGCUUGGGUCUCAACAACAAGCAACUGGCACAAGCGGCCGCCUUUACCAACGACAAGUACCCCAGCAUUGAACUGGACUUCGAAGUCGAGGACCCCGAGAGCAUCACGUCGGGCGAGCCCGCUUACCUCAAGGUCAAGAUCCAGCGGGAAGUGGAGGAGGAUGAUGAAGUCGACACGGUCGUUCACGCUCCCUUCUACCCUAACCAGAAGAUGGAGAACUGGUGGCUCGUGGUUGGCGAGGAGAAAACCAAGAGCCUGUUGGCCAUCAAGCGCGUUACCAUCGGUCGCAAGCUCGAUCUGCGUCUAGAAUACGUGGUGCCCUCGCCUGGCGAGCACGAGCUCACGCUCUACCUCAUGAGUGACAGCUAUGUCGGUGUGGACCAAGCACCCACCUUUACGGUGACUGCGGCUGAGGGCAUGGACGAGGACGAGAGCGAGGAGGAAGAGGAGUAG